CGACUACAAUGGUCACCUGGAUUUCUGAUUGGCUCAGAGCGCUGAUCCGGGUACUGCGCAAGAACGAGCCCAUUAGCUAAAGGUACCAAUAUGGCGGAGGCUUCCCUAGGGAGUUCAAGUCCAGUUGGCUCUUUAUCGUCGGAGGACCAUGACUUUGACCCAACAGCAGAAAUGUUAGUCCAUGAGUAUGAUGACGAAAGGACUCUAGAGGAGGAAGAGUCUCUGGAUGGAGGAAGGAAUUUCAGCUCAGAAAUUGCAGAUCUUGAAAAGGAGGGGAACAUGCCUUUGGAGGAGCUUUUGGCCAUCUAUCGCUAUGAGGCCUCAGCAGGGUCUAGUAUAGACAGCUCCUCUGGAGACCUGACUGAUGAGCUGCCUGACAUGACUCUAGACAAGGAGGAAAUAGCUAAAGAUCUGCUGUCUGGGGACUAUGAGGAGGAGACCCAGUCCUCAGCUGAUGAUCUGACCCCUUCAGUCACCUCCCAUGAGGCUACCGAUUUCUUCCCAAGAACACUUCGAUCUAAUGCUGUCUCUGAUGGUGAUAAAGAGUCAGAGUGUGAUGAAGAUGGCCCAAGCCCAGAGGACUCAAGAAAGGAAAUAAUGGUGGGAACACACUACCAAGCAGAGGUCCCUUCUGGCCUCUGUCACUACAAAGAUGGAGAGAAAGUUUAUGAGGAUGAAGAUGAGUUAUUAUGGAGCCCAGGUAUAUUGCCAGAAAACAAGGUUAGAACGUUUCUGUCGGACGUGUUGUCACGGACAUCAGAUGAAAAAACAGGAUGUGACAAACCAUGGAUGCAUGUUCGAGACAAUGAGCAGGCUUUGUAUGAGCUUGUCAAGUGCAACUACAACACUCGCGAAGCACUAGAGAGACACUGCAGCCGUUUAAAGUCCUCAAAAGAAAAAUCACCUCCGUGGUCAGAAGAGGAAUGCAAGAACUUUGAGCAUGCACUACAGAUGUAUGACAAGAACUUUCACCUCAUACAGAAACAUAAAGUCACAACACGAACAGUAGCUGAAUGUGUGGCGUUUUACUACAUGUGGAAAAAGUCGGAGCGCUUUGACUUCUUUGUGCAGCAGAAUCGGUUUGGGAAGAAAAAGUAUAGCUGCUAUCCUGGUGUAACUGACCUGAUGGACCGGCUGGUGGAUGAAGCGGAGGGCCUGGCAGUGGACAGUUCCUCCUCUGUGUGUUCAGGAGCAGGUGGAGGAGGACGGCUGGAGGCCACCACCGACCAACAGCUCAGCCUGCUGAACUCCAUCACUGCCAGCGACCUCACAGCUUUGAGUAACACUGUAGCCACAGUGUGCAACCCUGCAGAGGUUGGUUGCAUGGACUCCUACAGCUUUCCCCCACUGGAAAGUCUCCAUCGUGGGUCUCUGAACCACGACGAAUCCCUCGGGUUCCCUUCUAAUGGCGCAGACACCGACUGCCUCAACAUGCUCGACGCCGGCUUCUACCACUCUGAUCUGGGCCAGCUAGGAGGAGUGUGUGUCAACAAGGACUGCGAGCGGCCCUCCAAGAGACUCAAGAUGGCCCUGCCUGACUCCUUUAUCAAUGACGUGUCUGUGGGUAACCUUGGAAUGGACUUUGAAGCACGACGGACAACAACGCACCACCACCGAAUCACCGGCGCAAAAAUGGCAGUGUCUGUCACAGACUUUGGGAGUUUGGCUGGCAGUGGCGAGUCCAACGGUUUUCUGGGAGCACAUGCACGGCACCACACACAGCACACUGCGGCACUUCAGUCAGAGUGAUCUUCCUCGUCUUCAUCCUUUUGUUCUUCCCUUUUGAAACACCUUAUCCCAGUUGUGCAUAAGACUGACCUCACUGGAGAAUCCAAUUUGUUUUAAUUCUUUUUAUAUAUAUAUAUAUAUAUAUAUAUAUAUAUAUAUUUUUUGUUUUCAUUUUUUGUGUAAUAUGACAUCAGUGAUGUCUAUCAUAUAGAACUAAAAUCUUGAUUUCUCUCAAGAGUUUAUAUAGCCAUUUAUUUUAUUCUCGUUUUGCGGUCUUGAGAUGUGUAACGUCCAUGUACAGUGGGGCCCAGUGGCUGCAGUAGGAGAGUUGUGUAUCUUCCUCACUCGUAUCCUCACACAACAUCUUCAGAGCUACAGUAUGUUUUCCUGCCAUUCUUUUCAGCUGCCAAAAUUGACUCGGUUUUCUGCCUCUAGUGUCAGUAUUUAGUUGCUUGUCUUUGUUGUUUGAAGUGGUACUUUUUUUUUUUUUUUUAAGUGUUUGGUUUACAGGUACUUUUUAGUAACCAGGCUGGUGCAAAUGGUUUUAUUUGUCCCUAAAAAAACCUGGCUAGAUAUUGUAUGAAGAGCAACACUAGCAUGGAGAUUAGCUUGGAGAACAGGAAGUGUGCUGGCUUCAGCGGCUAAGGCCUCUAGUUUGGUUUUCUUUUGUCUGCAGUCGGUCUGCUUGCUUACUUCUAAACUAUUCAGAAUGGCCAUGUUGGAACAUGUGAAUGUUUGACUAUUUUUCAUCCCAUUUAGUCAAAUCCAAAUUAUAGUUACUGAUUGAUAAUUUUUUUAUUAACAUUUUUAAACCGCUGAUGAAAAAUACCUGUGCAGAGUAGCAUAAUGGGGGUCACCUUGUUUUACAGUUGGGAUAUCAAGUUUUCCUUUGAAAUCCUGCUUCUUUCUAGGAGGGUAUCAGUCAGACAAGCAAACCAUAACAACAAUAUUGCAAUGCAAAGAUAUUGUUUAGGUUAAUCAUUUAAACAUAGACCUCAUCAGGCACUGUAAAGUGUGUAUUUAUUACAUAUACUUUUACCUUUGAGCUUUUGUUUAAUCCUUUCACUGAUGCUAUACUAAGGAGAGUUUAGUUGUAUGUGCUUUUUAG